AUGACCAACACCGGCCCCAUAGUCAGAAGAGUGUUCCGAUACGCUUCAGUAUUAGAUACUAUCUGCUACAAGAGAGGGAUACAUCUGUCGAGAGCCCUUUUGAGCGAAAGUCGCUUAAAUUCAGUCCCUCCAGAUCGUACCAGAAAUAUAGGUAUUAUUGCCCAUAUUGAUGCAGGGAAGACAACAACAACUGAAAGAAUGCUUUUCUAUAGUGGGAAAACUCGUCGGAUUGGAAAUGUGGACGAAGGAGAUACGGUGACCGAUUAUUUACCAUCUGAAAGGGAACGUGGUAUCACAAUCCAGCUGGCAGCCAUUACAAUUCCUUGGAAUAAGAACAAAAUUAACAUAAUAGAUACUCCAGGGCAUGCGGAUUUUACAUUUGAAGUCACAAGGUCUUUGAGAGUUUUGGAUAGUUGUGUGACUAUAUUAGAUGCUGUUGCAGGAGUCGAGGCACAGACUGAGAAGGUUUGGAAGCAAGCACAAGCAUUAGGGAUUCCAAAGAUUGCCUAUGUCAAUAAGAUGGAUAGGGAUGGUGCAGGAUUUAGUAGAACAGUGAAAGAAAUUAUCCAGAAGUUGCAAACUCGGGUGGUUUUAUGUAAUAUCCCAUACUGGGAGACUCCUGUAAAUGAUGUGCCCAUCUUCAAAGGUGUUCUAGAUGUAUUAAAUAAAAAGCUUUUAAAGUGGAAUUCUGAUUCAAAUGCAAAUGGGACUGAUAUUAGUGUCACUGACUUAGAAAAAGAAAUGGAUAAAUACCCAGAAUUGUACGAGAUGGUUAGUAAGAGUCGUGAAUCAAUGGUUGAAACGUUGGGUGAAUUUGACGAAACUAUUAUAGAUUCAUUUUUAGAGAACGAUGAAGAUUAUAUGAAAAUCCCUGUAGCUGUGUUAAAUUCUGCUAUCAAAAGGGGUACGCUCGCUAAUUAUGUUACUCCAGUAUUUUGUGGUUCAUCCUUCAGGAAUAUAGGUGUGCAACCUCUCAUGGACGCAGUUGUGAACUUUUUACCUUCUCCAUUGGAAACUAAAGUUCCUGACAUCAGUUCUAACGCUCCAAAAGCCUUAGCUAAGAUGAAAGGCAAAAAUCGUAAGAAGAAAGUAACCUCGGAGCCCACUGAUGUUCCUUUAUCUAUGGAUCCAAAGCAUGGUUUAGUUAUUAACAAGAAUCCAAAUUUAACUACCGCAUUAGCUUUCAAAGUUAUCACCCAUCCCACUCGUGGUGUUAUGACCUUCUUCAGGGUUUACAGUGGUAAGUUGACUUCCAAUACAACUAUCAUGAAUACUCGAACUGGUAAGAAACUUAACCUUAGAAAGUUGCUAUUGAUGCAUGGUGAUGAACCGGAAGUCGUACCGCUGAUUAGUGCAGGUAAUAUAGGUGUUAUUUCCGGUACCGAUGAUGAUAUCGUUACCGGUGAUACGAUAGUUUCUCAUGGCCCAGUAAAUAAACCGUUUAAUGAUUUGGAAUCCAGUUUGAAAAUGUUACCAAUUGAAAUUCCGCCACCACUAUUUAAUUCAUCAAUAGAACCAUUGACUGCAGGUGACACGAGACAUUUGAAUAGUUGUAUACAGAUAUUAUUAAGAGAGGAUCCCUCCUUAAAGGUGAGCGUUGAUGAAGAUCUUGGUCAAAUAAUUUUGAGUGGAAUGGGAGAAUUACAUUUAGAAAUUAUCAAAGAACGGUUGGUUACUGAUAUGAAAGCUAAUGCUAGAUUAAGAGAUGUUGCAGUCUCUUACAAAGAAACAUUAGGGAAACCAAACUAUAAACUGGUCACACAAUCUACUGGAGACAAUGGGUGUGUUUCAAUAGAAAUUUCUAUGGAUUCUUUCGAAGGAUUGGCUGAAGAGUCUAGUUUUGCUGAUGAAGAUGGUGCAAUAGUGUUAGAGCAUGAAAAUAAUAUUGUUAUUUUGGAACCUUCGGCUACGCCUGAAUAUAUGCAAACUGCCAUUGAUGAAAGGCGUUGGAAAUCUGACCAUUCUUUGGAAGAUCUUCAAGAAAGCUUGGUCCACGGAUGUAUCACUGCGUUACAAUUAGGUGGGCCUGUAUUUGGUUUUGCUUUGCAUUCCACUGUCAUCCGGAUCAAAAACUGGCAUUUCCCGGUUGAUUCGAAAGACUACAAUUCGUCCUCAUUAUUGGAUAUUAGCAGACGGGCAGUUACUAAGAAUAUAAAGGAUCUUGGGGAAUCAGAAAAGGACUUAUUCAGCCUCUUAGAACCUAUUAUGCAAACAAAAGUGUAUAUUAAUUCUGACUCGUUAGGUGAGGUUGUUCACGACUUAACUCAUAGAUGUCAGGCUACCAUUACCUCGAUCGAUGACGAAUCCGAAAAUAUGGACGCAUUGAACUGGGCUAACGAAGAGUCAGAAAGGGUCUACGUACCUCCUGACUACACCAUGAAGAAUACAAAUAAUCUUCAGGUUGAAUUGAGAAAUAAAAAGGUGAUAGUUGCAGAAACACCUUUGAGAGAAAUGAUUGGCUAUUUAUCUCGUUUGAGAUCAAUCACUCAAGGAAGAGGGGUAUUUGAUAUGAGUUAUCUUGGUAUGAAAAGGGUAAUCAAGUCAAGAUUGGCUAGUAUAUCCAAUGAAUUUAAUUUCAUGUAA